GCAGCCUAGCGAAGAAGCUAUAAUAUAAGUAGACUCAGAUGCUUGGGUCUAGUAUCAUCUCGAACCAUGCUUCCAUGAAGCCAACCCCUGACUUUUUCUUCUUCCCUCGGCAUCUACCCAUCAAUAUACCUCAGUCAAAAUGUAUCGAUCACUAACGGACGACAAUCUCUAUCGCAUCGAUGCUGAUCUCCUCAUCCCCGGGCAGGGUGAGCCUCUCCCCGACGGUGCUGUGGUCUGGAAGUCUAAGACCAUUCUGUACGUGGGACGUCAAUCCGAUGUACCUCAAGAUUACCACGGAGCAACGACGACGCACGUUCCCGUAGUGAUGCCUGGGUUGUGGGAUUGCCAUAUCCACUACAUGGGCGCCACGUCGGCGACGAUGGACGCCGUCGUCAAGGCCACCCCCGCCCUAGCCGGCGCGCGCAGCGUUCCGGACCUCCACGCGACCAUCAUGGCCGGUUUCACCUCCGUCCGCGAAGUCGGCGGCUACGGGUGCGAGCUCGCGCUCGCCGUGAACGAGGACCGCAUCCUCGGGCCGACCAUCUACGGCGCCCAUAGCGCGAUCAGCAUGACGGCCGGCCACGGCGACGUGCACGGCAUGCCCCUGCACCAACUUCAGGACAUGUGCGCCCACGGGCUGCCGCUCACGAUCGCGGACGGUGUGCCAGAAUGCUUGCAGGCUGUGCGCAAGCAACUUCGCCACGGCGCGCGCGUGAUCAAAGUCUGCGCCAGUGGCGGCGUCGUCAGCGCCAUCGACGACCCUCAGCACCAGGAGUUCUCCUUCGAGGAGAUGAAAGCCAUCGUCGACGAGGCCGCGCGCGCCAAGCGCGUCGUCGCCGCCCACUGCCAUGGGAAGGCUGGGAUCAUGAACGCGCUGCGGGCUGGAUGCCGCACCAUCGAGCACGGCAGCUUUCUCGACGAGGAGGCUGUCGAGCUGAUGCGCAAGAAGGGCGCGAUCUUGGUCGCGACGCGCAGUGUAAUCGAGACGGGCCUGUCCAUGCGUCAGCUUUUCACGCCGGGUUCGUAUCAGAAGCUGCUCGAGGUGGCCGAUGCACAUAAGCAGGCGUACCGCCUGGCUGUGGCGCGGGGCGUCACGAUCGCCCUCGGCACCGACCAGUUCAUCAGCUCGGAUAACCCGGCGGUUUCGUAUGGGCGGAACGGCAAGGAGUUGGAAUAUGCGGUCGCGGCGGGGAUGACGCCCUUGGCUGCAAUUGAGGCCGCGACGGCGAAUGGCCCGUUGACCUUAGGGGAGCAGGCGCCUAGGAGUGGGCGGUUGGUGGUCGGGUAUGAUGCGGAUAUCAUUGCGCUGGCGGCGAACCCGUUGGAAGAUAUCACGGUGGUGGGAAAUGCAAAGAAUGUGACGCAUGUUUGGCGCGGUGGGAAGCUGGUUAAAUCAUAGUAUACGUCCUCUGUAAUGAUAAUAUCAAUGAAUAUUUCCA